ACAAGUGACAUCAGCCCACCAUUAUAACAAGCAAAAUGUGGAUAAUGCUAUUAGCAUUCAAUGGGUAUACAUCCUCUUUGUCAAUUUCUGUACCACCAUGUCAUCAGUCCCAUCUCCAUGAAUACCCUUUUCAGCUGGCGGAUGUAAUUUUCUCGUCUGUGAUAUAGUAUCAGUGGACAAUGGGAUGACGGUUCAAGCAACUUAACUUUCGCCUCCGUAACAUGUUUGACGCGUCUACUGGAGACCGUUCCCCACACACCCAGCAACUUACCACACAAUGGGAUAAUGUUGUCUCUCGCAUCUGCCUGCCUGACUUUUCCCGUUUUCUCCUGGCUCCGCCGUUCUCCGACCUCCAGAAGGCAGCAGAAGACGGUCCAGUCAUUAUUAUUCCUAUCCUCGUUCCGCUCGAUAUCUCACUUGCCGAGGUCUCCGAGCUGUCAUCCGAGUUCCAAUCUCUCACAGAACGUGUCGAUUCUUCUGACCGUGGACUUGAAUCAUACAUGAUUACAGGCAUCCUGCGCAAGAUUUUGGACUGUGUCGUUGGCCCCAUAAUUCAACCUCUGAGGGGGUUAAUUAGCCGUGGUUCGCGCAUUUGGUGGUGUCCUAUCGCGGAGUUCGCACUGCUUCCUCUACAUGCAGCGGGACCCUAUGAGAAAAAGAGCCAUAAUUUGUCUCACUUUUAUGUUUCAUCCUACACCCUAACCUUGGUGGCACUCAUUCGAGCGAGACAGCGUGUUUCUCAAGAUGCGUCCGUUCAGCAUUUCGUUGCCGUCGGUCAAGGAAAUCAGAUGGAGGAAAGGAACUUCGGUGUGUAG